AAUUUGCAAAGAGCUUUUAGUUAAACCAACACAAGAAGAAUUAGCAGCUAAGUAUAAUGUCACUCAAUCAGCAAUCUCUAAAAUUUUUAAAAAUAAGGAUAAAUAUCUUGCUUUAGAUUCAGAAACAAUAGACUUAAAUAAAAAAAGAAAUCAUCGAGCUGCAUUUCCUGAAAUUGAAGAAGCAGUUGUUAUUUGGUUCUCACAUGCUCGCAUUAGACUUUAG